UGUCUGUCAUUCAGCUGUCAUUUUGCGUGUGAUUUGCGAUCGGUCGUCGUUUGAUGUUGCUAAACGAAUAUCCUUUAUUUCUAACUAAUAAGUGAAAAUAGUCUAAUAAAACAUGGAAGUCAUAGUUGCUAAUGUCGACCAUAUUAAAUUUGAUAUAGAUUAUGCUUUGGAAGAACAGUAUGGGGCACUACCGUUACCAUUCCCAGGAAUGGACAAGUCGACCGCAGCAGUAUGUGAAUUUUUCAGCCAGCCCGGAGGUUGUGGCAAUGGCCCUCAAUGUCCGUACAGACACGUCCGAGGGGAUCGCACGGUGGUCUGCAAGCAUUGGCUCAGAGGGCUUUGCAAGAAAGGCGACCAGUGCGAGUUCCUUCACGAGUACGACAUGUCCAAGAUGCCUGAAUGUUACUUCUAUGCCAGAUUCAAUGCAUGCCACAACAAAGAAUGUCCAUUCCUUCACAUAGAUCCUGAAAGUAAAAUUAAGGAUUGCCCAUGGUAUGACCGAGGUUUCUGCCGGCACGGUCCUCACUGCCGACACCGGCACGUGCGGCGAGUGCUCUGCAUGAACUACUUGUCUGGCUUCUGUCCUGAUGGCUCCUCCUGCAAGUACAUGCAUCCUCGGUUUGAGCUUCCCGCCCCUCCCGAACAAACGAAGGAUGCCAAGAGACUACCCGUGUGUCAUUACUGCUCUGAGGCUGGACACAAAGCUUCAUCUUGCAAUAAAAUACCAGCUGAGCAAAGAGAAGCUGCCCAGAGACAGGAAGAGGCCAGAUAUCGCGCCCUUGGCUACGUCAAACCAGCGGAAAAUGACGACAACAAUGCUCAAAGACUGCAGAGGAUUGUCCACAAACCUCUUGAAGAGGUCACAUGCUUCAAAUGUGGCACUAAAGGACAUUAUGCCAACAAGUGCCCCAAGGGACAUCUCGCUUUCCUGUCUAGCCAGUCCAACCAGAACAAUAUGAACACAUUCAAAAAACCCAACUAGUACAGAUAUGUGAAGCCCUCAUUAGAGAGGCUUCAGUGACAGACUAUACAUUAAAAAUAAGUUAUGUGAAAAUUAAAAUAUUAGAGUGCAACUCAAACUUACAACAAUAUCCCACAUUGCAUGUUAUUCAUUACUAUUUACCUUUGUAUAUUAUGUUCUUCAUUCAAUGUAAUAGAGCUUUUAAAAAUGCAGUAAAAAUGUAUAUAUAGGCAUGAACUCCAAAGCGAUUGCAGAUUAGCGUUCAUGCUCGGUUUUGUAAACUCACUGCCUUUUCUGAAGGUUACGGCUACUACUUUCGAGGGUUUUCACAAAGUUUUUAAACAUCCAAUAGAAUUUCCCCACACAGGGCGGAUACUGCCAAAUGGGCGGAGAACGAGAUGCUUGAAUAACGAAAUUCCAUUGGUUGUUAAAUAUAAAAUUCUGCUAGUCUAGUUUUAUAAAUAAGUAAAUAAACUAUUGCAGUCUUUCGUAACACGUAUUUAUGAUGUGUAGUCAAGGACACCACUUCUGAGUGCCUAGUGCGAGUUUUGCAAGUUAACUUUCUCGAUGCGUAAAUUAUCAUACAACUUAAUUACGUAGGAUUCAUUUUUGACAUGUUUAUUUCAUAAAGGCUGUCAUCGGCACUUGGUCGUACUAUAAACGCGCUCACUUGCGAAAUAGUAAACGUCAUUAUCCGGUAAAAUGAAUGAACGUGCUAUAUUCUAAUCAUGUCAUGUAGCAUAUGACUCUUUACUUCAGCCAGGUUAUAAUUACGUAUCGAGCGCGUAAACUUACAAAACUCGGAAUCAGCACUCUGUUGUAAAUAAAGCAAAUGCGUAGAUAUUACUACAUAUACCCGUGACCCAUAGAUGCAUGCAUAUACAAUAAAAAUUUAGGACCAUAUUCCAAAUGCGACGAUUGGUAGGGGGAAAAUAUUUUAGUUUUAUGAAUGUAUGGUAUAAAUUUUCGAAGUGAACCCAAGACAAUAAAACUUACUUUGGGGUAUAUUAUUUUCGAUCCAAUGACAAGAUAAUGGCCCAUAUUAAUAUCUUUUCUUAACUUACCACAGUAAAACACCAAAAAAUCUUUUUAAUUUCCCGCUACCAUUUGAAGCUGUGGGCAGUAGGCUAAGUUUAAUCUUGGACGCCACUGGCUUUUACCGGUGCUCGUUUAGUAGUAAUCUAUAUACAUAAAUAUAUUUAUUUUUAUUUUCUUGCACUUAUGCUCAAACUGUGUUGCACCUACCACUUCUGUUUCACCACCACCCUAAGGUAGACUGGCAGAGAACGCCUAAGGCGUUAAGUCCGCCGUUGUACAAUGUGCAUAAAGUAUUUUAAAUAAAUAAAUAAAUAAUCUGUGGUUUAGUACGCGACUAUAUUAGAAAACGAUAAAGUUGUGCAUCGUGAUUUGAGUCAAUAUAAUAUUAUUGUUUUGUUUGUGUUGGGUUUUGGUUAAUAAAUUAUAACUGAGAAUUACAUCUUUACUCGCAAUAAACAAGUAUAGAUAGA